UUUUAAAGAUAACUCCUCAUCUCCUGGAGCUCAUACUAUCUUCCCGUCUUGCAUUUGUGCUUGAUCCUGUGGAAGACUCCUGUCCAGCCUGACAAAAUGUGUGACCACUUUGUGGGUACCUGGAAACUUCUUUCUAGUGAAAACUUUGAGGACUAUAUGAAAGAGCUGGGUGUGGGAUUUGCUACCAGGAAAAUGGCUGGUGUGGCCAAGCCCAAUGUAACUAUCAGCAUAAAUGGUGAUGUGAUAACCAUCAAAUCAGAAAGUACCUUCAAAAAUACAGAGAUCUCUUUCAAGUUGGGUGAAGAGUUUGAUGAGACCACAGCAGAUGACAGAAAAACAAAGAACGUCAUAACCUUAGAAAAUGGCUCACUGAAACAGGUGCAGAAGUGGGAUGGCAAAGAGACUAUCAUAAAGAGAAAAGUGGUGGAUGGGAACCUGGUGGUGGAAUGCACCAUGAAUAAUGUUACCAGCAAAAGAGUUUAUGAAAAGGCAUGAAGAAGCCAUCUUCAGACAGGACAAAUGCUUAAAGCUGAGGAAAAACUUCACUGAAGGAGAAAAACUCCACAAAUACAUUUUAAAGAGAACUGCACUUUUUACAGAUAUAUCCCAAAACAAUUAUAUGCAGCUAGUUUAAUUUGUUAUGGCUAUUCAAUAAAAUGUUCUGCUUUCUACAA